AUGGAGAGCACGCUGGAGAAUGUCGAGCACGGCAUCCGCAACGCACUGCAGCGCCUCAGCGACGCGCGUGCUCGCUUGGCGACCCAGCGUUCCGCGCUGGAUGCAAACAGACUCGUCCUGGUGCGGGCCGUGUCGCCGCUCCUGCUACUCUAUUCUGCCGAAUCAGCGCUGCCGACGCCUUCCUAUUCGCCUUGUGGCGCCGCAGACACGCUUCUUUCGCCGUUACUGCGUGGCCAGUCGGCCAAAUCAACCACUGCGGCUGGCAGGUCUCCUCGCCACGAUGGCCUGCUUUGUAAGGUCGAUCGUGCCGAGGAUGCUGAGGACACUAUCAUCAUCAAUCCUGCCGCUGCUGCACGAGAGCGAGUACCAGCACCGGCAACACUGCUAGCACUGCAGCCCCUGCCGUCGAUGUCUUUGGCACGCGCUCUUCCUCAGACAUCCACGUGUGCUGGCUUCUACUCGGCUAUGGCGGCACGUACACAACAGCUGGAGGAGCAAUGCUCCAACUACCACCGAGAACACAUGAUGCACGCGGCCAAGCUGCAGAUUGCAGAAGUGUGGGCUCGAGAGGUGCAGCCGUGGUUCGAGAAGGUUGUGCACCGCGACUUCUUUCAACAUGUGAUUCUCCGGCUUGACGCGCUGAAUCGACGGGUGGUGCGGCUGUGUGGGCGGUUGGCGCUGGAUCGACGUCAGUACAUACCAAGCUGCCACUGCAAAACUCCGAUAAGAAGGGACAUGUGUGCACAGGGUCAGGUGGUGGGCGAGGAGAGACAUCUCUACGGCUGCCAACCGCACUCACAGUGGUGCCCUCAUCUCACGGAGGGCGAGUGCAACAGCGGGCAAACAGAUGGGUUUCGUGGGGUCAAUGGACAGGCCCGCUCAGCCAGCGACGGUGGCGGAGAGGGACAAGCGACGCAGCAAUAUGGCUGGGCAGCAGAGGUUACGAGCCUUUCGGCGCCGCCGAGUCAGCAGAGACGCACCAGCGAUAUUGUCAAGCUUGACAACGCGGAAGGCAGCCACCACCCCAUGUGCUCUCUGUGGCGCCAGUACAUUCAGAUGGUGUCGCAGCCAAAUGCCCCGGACGACGCGCAUCGUCAGUCGGGCGAAGAGAGCCACAGCCCACCGUCACCGGUCCAAGUGCUGCCAGCGCCGCUCCUGCGCACACCUCGCUCUCUCCGACAUGUGUGGCAUGUCAUCAUGGAAGGCUUGACCAGCAGUGAUGUCGACGCAGUCAGCGACUCGAUGACUGCGGAACCCCUUAGCGUUCUCCAUACCGCCGACAGAGACGCCGUCGGCGACGCAAUGCCGCAUCCAGACCGCCGACUGCACCAGCGCGGCCAUAUCGACGCACUUGUGCGAAACCUCAACAACCUUGUGAGGCGAUGUCCCUCACUUCACCCCCCACUGCCUGCUCAGCCGUCGACACUGCGACUGUGCAACCAUGAUGAAUGCGAGCAUGAAGUGGUGUGUCACGACAGCCGCGAUGACGCUGCUGGUGAUGGGCGUCGUGGUGCGACUGCCCUUGUGCAGGUGCGUCUGUCAUCGGGCACGGGAUCUCCCACUGUGGGCCACCUUCACUCCCACCUCUCUGUAGUGCUUUGCUGCGCGAUGCAACUCUGCUCUCUGGCCAGGCUGUGCAACGCGAUCCACGCAGGCCAACCUCAGUGCUACGUAACACCGCCACCACAACUUUCUCGUGAUGCUGACGUGGGUGGUUGCUCUGGUGACGACAACGUUGCAGAGGACGGCAUCGGCUGUGUGGAGGCGAUGCAUCUCGGUCCGCGCGAGCCGAUGGCUGUGUUGGCAAGGACCACGGAUGCCCACUCCAUAUGCGAACGCUCGUGUGAAGGAACGAUUGCGGAGGCCUUGGCGGCGGUCUACCACACCGUGCCCUGUCUGCUCUCGCAGCUGAGCCUUGCACUUCAGAAGCGAAGGGGUGGUCCUGAGUGCAGCAGCGAUGCGCAGCAGACAGAAAGGAGCGAGGUAGAAACUGCCGAAAUGGAUGAGCUCACUGGGUCAGAACCUUGUGCGGCGUCGGCGGAGGAGGACCGCAUUUGUGUGACGAACAGCCUCGCAGACGCUGGUGCUGGAAGGGAUGGCGCCAUUGACGCCGCUCUGUGGUCAACCGUGGGAGACGCGGCCCGUGACCGUGACGCCUUUGUUCGGCGGUGGUUGUCGCUCGCCUCGUCGUUGCACACCACGGAGUUGUCGCCGCCAAGCAUCCCGCUCACCGAGGUGCCUUCAGUUUACGCCCGUGCACUGCGUGUCGGGUCCUUGUUCCGCUCUCUCCUGGAUGCCGUUGAGGAUGGGUGUGGCGAGAGUCUUCUACAGCCUGCUGCCGGGGCAGUUCCCGUGGUGUUGUCCCCAACGACACCGACCCCUCUCACCACCGCGCGAGCAGAUGCAUCAACCUUGGCGAUACAUGAGAUUCACGUCGCACAGCGCAACACCACCGCAGCCCAUCGUGUCACUCGUGCUGUUCCCGCUUCAUCGCCUCCGCUCGCGGCAAUGACUCGACUGAACUCGUUGCGCCAGAUGGAGCUGCAGACGCGUCAGCAAUGGCAGUCCAUGGAGACGAGUCUUUCCGUUGCCCGCUCCAUGGCAGCGGCGGCCCUCAGGCAGGCUGCAGCCGACGACGGCGAGGCGGGUGAUCUAGCGGGCUUGCGAGCGCCGACGCCGCUUGCUUAA